AUGAUUAGGUUUUGGGCAUUUGCCCCCAUUUUUGUAAGCCUUUUCUGUUUGAUCCAAGCAGAGGAAGCACUUACGGUUUGGCUUGUUCAACCAGCGUCGAGAUCGCAGGAAAGAGAGGCUAACAUCACCAGGUUGACCGAAGUGAAAUGUCCUACGCCUAAGAAUGAUAAAGGUAAGUGGAUUUGAAGUUUUGAAUUUUAAAGUUUUAAAAAUUUGAAUUUUUAAAAAUUUUUAAUCUUGAAAAUUUAAGGCUUAGGUACGAAAAGCUUUGGUAAAAGAUUUUAAAGGGGUUUAUAGUAUAAAUUUUAAGGUAGGUUUUAACAUGGUAGGGUAUAUUUUUAACGGGCACAAUAAAAGCAAAAGGGUAGGUUAGGAUAAGGUGGGUAAUGUACGGCAGGAUAAGGUAGAGGUAAGAGAAAGGCUAGGGAAAAAAGUUUUAAAACUUGCUGCAAAAACUUUCUUUACAAAACAAGAAAUGGCAAGGACUUUCUUUAAAAAGCUCUUUUUGUGCAGAAAAGCGUACUGCAUACCGCGGGUGACAUGUUAUACGAUAAAGAGCGCAAAACAAAAAUGGCAAGAACUUACAUUACAAAUCUUAGAAUGGCAAGAACUUUCUUUACACAGCUUAAAAUGGCAAGAACUUUCUUUACAAAGAUCUUUUGUACCAAAAAAAAGAACGUACAGCAGGCUGCGGGUGACAAUUUAUACGAAGGCCAAAAAUAAGUAAAAACUUUCAAAAUGGCAAGAACUUUCUUUAUAAAACAUAAAAUGGCAAGAACUUUCUUUACGAGUAAAAAAAAUGAAAAAAAUGUUGUUUUGACUUUUAUUUUAUUAUUUUUUUCCCUUUUUCAAUUUUUUUAUCAUUUUUAUUAUUUUUUUCCGAAAUCUCUAUUUCCGUAUUUUUUUGUGAAAUUCCCAAAAAGGCACACAAAACAGAAGAUGUAAUCAAUUAAAGAGUUUAUUGUCUUGAAUUUUGUAUGUCAGCGGUCAAGGCCGGCCACCCAAAAACAUAAAAUACCGCGGUUUGUCGAUCGCUAGCGAGCGAUUUAAUUGUAAUAAAUAAUGCGGUUUACAGCGGUCGAUAUGUCAUCGGCGUGCAUCUUGAUAAGGGACAUUGAAAUUGAUCUGAAUGACAAUAUUUUUGGGGAGGGAGGUGAAAAGGUUAGAAAUGGCAUGAAAAUGCGAGUUUUGUACCUAAAUUGCAAGUACUUUAUUUACAAAACAAAAAAUUGCAAAAACUUUCUUUACAAAGCAUAAAGUGACAAGAAAUUUUUGUAUCACCGAAAAAUGGCAAGAACUUUUUUUGUAGAAGUGAACAUGAUCGUAUUUUAACACGAAACUACUAAAAAGAUAAGCAAUGUUACAUUAUCAACUGGCACUUUCUGUCAGAUCAAUACCUAAUCUUCUACUUAUCAUACCGACAAUCUCAAGAACGCACACUAGAAUCAAAAAGACGGUUUUGACACCUUACCUCUGUUCUUUUGAUUUAUUGCCUUUUGCGGGAGGUAAAAUAGACAUUUGGAACAGUUACAAGUGUUAUCUACUUAUCUACUACAAUAUAAAAAAAAUGAAAAAAAAAUAAAAAAAUUUUAAAAAAUAUUGUUUUUAGUUACAUUCUACGUUACUAAUCGUAAAUACACUUCGUUUUUUAAAAAAUCAGAACAUUUAAGGCACGUUUCAUCGUAUAAAAUGAUCGCCGCAGGCUGUAGAGCAAAAAAUUGAUAGAAUUUUCGUUAAAAAUGUAAAAUACGACGUACUGAGCUGUCUUCUUUAACUUUGUCCUUCGUACUACCUAAAAUAUUAAAAUAACUAUUUUCAGAUCCAAAAACGACAUUACCAGCCGGCGGCGUCGUCGAGAUUAUCUGGCAGAAUCCGGCCAAACUGCACGGUGAAGCGCGCUUCGAAAUCCUCAGCGGCGAAGAGAUUAUUCAACGGAUUGCGGUCGAUAAAUCUCCAGCUGAAUUGAAGAAUGGACAAUCCGUUAAAAGCGUCAAAUUGCCAGAGUUUGAAUGCAAAGGAUGCACCUUGAGAUUGACUCAAUUCACGGAUUCCAGCGACUUUCAGAUCAUUUCCUGCGCUGAUAUCGACCUGUUACCAUUGGCUAGCAAUGGUAAUACUACUGGUAAGGUGUUUUUAUCUUAUUUUUUGUUGGCUUUAGGUUGUUUUUGUAAAAUCUGGCUAAAAAUGUUCGUUUUUUUGCAAAUUUUUAUCAUGUAUAAUAUAAUGAUCGGUUUUUCAUGCCCAAACUUCUUUUAAUUGAAUUUUGUAAUUAAAACACGUUCUUUAUUUAGUUCUGAAUAUUUUUGUUUUGUUUUGACAUAAACAGCACAUUUCGACGUAUUUUACAAUCAUUUUUCCAGAGUGCACAUCAAACGCGGAAUGUGGUAAAGAUGGCGCUUGUGAAUCGAAUGUUUGCUAUUGUUCCAUUGGCAAAUUUGGUAGAAAUUGUGAGAAAAGUAAGUCAAUAUCUUCUUCUUUCUUGAGUAUAAGUUUGGGCUUUAAAAAGUUAUUAGAAAUUUUAAAAAACAUAAUUUUCCGAUAUUGUGUUAGGUGAAAUUUGAUGUUGUGGAUGGUUUUAGCUUGUUUAAAAACGGGUUUUGAUUAAAUGUCGGAUUUUUUGAGCUUAAAAUGUUUGAAAUUGAAUUUUCUACAUACUCGUAUAUGAAUUUUACAAAAACGUGUAAGAAAUAAUGGCAAAAUUACCGGUCGAAAUUGCGUUACCUGAAAUUUUAAUGCUGUAGUUGGUUUUUUCUGUUUCUAAGCUAAUUUUAGCUUAAAACUGUAAAUUUUUUAUAUUAAAAUAUUGAGAAUAACCUUGUUAUAAAUUAAUAUAUCUUUUAGCAUCAAGCCUAAAAACCUUGUCAAAGGACCUCAAGUUCAAGGAGCUUCCAAUAAAAGACAAGAAGAUGAACAAGGUCAGCUGGAGCUACGAUCCCAAAGCCGAGGAGCUUCAAAUGGUGGUGGAUAUGGCCGCUGAUUCUUGGGUAGCUUUAGGCUUGAAAAAUAAAGAGGCAGCUGCUAAAUGUAGUGCUUCAAUUGACAAGCCUUUCAAGGAUAACUCUUUGGUCGAUGAUUCGCUUGGAAACACCAUUGCUCCGGCUUUGAACAUCAAAAAAUUGACUUCUACGACUAAAAGCCACAAAGCUGAACCUGGUAAGACACUUACAACUUAUGUAAAAUGAUUUUAAAUGAAACGAAAGAGGUUAAAACAUCAUUUUUACUGUAUACAUCCACUAAAAACGAUGUUAUUGUAGGCAAAUGUGGCCCAAAUGAAGUCUACAGCUCAUGUCCAGAGUUUUCACGCGAAUGUGAGCCAAGCUGUGAAUGGACUUUGUACCCAGAGUCCGUACCAACUUGUCCGAGAACUUGUGGAGAGCCCAGAUGCAUUUGUGACGAAGGCUUCGUUCGUGUGAAUUCUGAAUCUAACGAAUGCAAACCUUUCGACUUCUGCGCUCAAGUUCAGGUAUGUCAAGAAAAAUUUUAUGAAAAUACAGUACUUACAGCUAGACCAAAAACAAUGUAAACACAACGAGACCUGGGCCAAGUGUGGCACGGCUUGUGAGCCAUCUUGUGAUACCAUGUACAACACGGAUCCAUGUACUGCAACAUGCAAGGAAGCACAGUGCACUUGUGCUGACAACUAUGUCCGAUUCAAUGGGGAAUGCAUCUUCUGGGGCGAUUGUCCAAGUUAGUUUUUUGAAUUUUAAGGGGAUAUGAGGUUUGGGGACAAGUUAUACGAUGAAACAUGUUUGAUCGUAUAACUUGUCACCUUAUAAGAAAAAUUUAACAAAUUGUAAAAAAAUUUAUUUAGAUGGUGUAAAAUACGACUUUUCUUAUUUAUCGUUUUAUUUUAAGAAUGUGACAAGUUAUACGAUGAAACAUGUUUUAUUUUUAAACGUGUUUGAUCGUACAACUUGUCACCUUAUAGAGAAAAAAUUUAACAAAAUGUAAAAAAUGAUAUUUAGAUGGUGUAAAAUACGACUUUUUUUAUUUAUCGUUUUAUUUUAAGAAUGUGACAAGUUAUACGAUGAAAUAUGUUUUACGUUGAAACAUAUUAGAUCGUAUAACUUGUCACUGCAGUAUCUUAUGAUUCCCAAAUGCCAAAAAAUAUUUAAAAAUUUUAAAAUUUAUGCUUUUUACAUACACCCUAUAAACAAAAUUUCUAGAUCUCGAAGAAAAGCGACUAGUACCAUCCGAACCAGAAGCACCACUAACUACCGUAUCCGCCGCUACUGGCACUGUAAAACCUGAUGUGAAGUGUGCCACAAACGAGACAUGGAAUGAAUGCGGCCGAAUCUGUGAAGCCGAUUGUGUGUCAAUCUUCACCAGAGAAGAGUGUCAAGAGUGCUCACAGCCAACUUGUUCAUGUCAGCAAGGCUUCGCUCGCUCCAAUGGCCAAUGUGUAUAUUGGGGUGACUGUCCUCUGGAUGGUCAUAUCGAUGAAAAUUUGAAGCAGCUGACCACGAACUUGCCAGAGAUUGUUCAGACUGACACUGCGACCAAUGCUGCCAAUACCCAGUCCAGUCCAGCCGUCUCACCCGAACUUGUAGUAGAGCUACCCCCAUCGGACCCGGAAAUGCAAUGUUUUGGCGAGUUUGCAUACCCAAACAAGUGCGAAGGAGACAAAUGUAGCUACAGGCUAAGCUGGGCCUACGUUCCCGAAAAGGACAAUGUCGAAUUUUCAUUGGAAACGCGACUAGCUGGCUCCGGAUGGAGCGGAGUCGGCUUCAGUAGAGUGGGUAACAUGCAAGACGCUGACUUCCUACUGGUAAAGUCGGAUGGCAAGAAAAUUAGCGUUCAUGACAUGCAUACUGAUGGUUACAGUAAGUUUGAAAAUUAUUUUUGAAAUUUUUUUUCAAUGGGACAUUUUAUACGAUGAAACAUGUCUUGUCAUAUAAUGUCGAUUUUUGGAAAAAAUAUCAUUUUUGCUAUUGCAGACCCACCAUUGGAAGACAAGUCAAUUGAUGUAGAAUCACCAGAGACUGUAGGAACACAUGCUGAUGGCAUUCUGAAGGCUACAUUCACGAGAAAACGCCAAACUGCGGACAAAGAUGAUGUUGCUUUUGGCGAUUUGGAUGAACAAUGCUACUACUUCUUGUUCCCGGUUGGCGGUGGUAACUUGACUGAUGUGAGUAAAAUACGAUUUACUAUUUGUUUCUUCAAAAAGGCUUUUAACUAUUGUCAAAAAUGGCGCUAAACGGCAAAAAAAACAAAAUUUGUCUAUCUGAUGUCAUGGAUAAUAUAAUGUUUUAGUGUUUUGGGCUAGAAAAACAAAUUUUGAUAUUAAAGUUGAUAAAAAAAUGAAAUAAGGAGUAAUUUCUGAUAUAUUUAGGAAGGAGGUAUUGCCUACCAUGCUGUAACACCGCUAGUAUCGGCCAAGAAGGUCUGUGUUAGAAGUUGCGUUGGUCAGACCGUUGAAGAAACUCCAGCUACUCAUCAACGUAAGCUUUUGUGUUGAUUUUUUUAAAUUAGUUUUAAAAGCAAUUGACAUAGACUUUAUAACAGUUACAGGCAGUUUUGUUGACUAUUUUUAAAGUUAUGGGCUGUUAUAUUGUUUAUGGUAUUUCUGAUGUCAUGGUUCAUAUUCUUUGUGUUGUUGCUGUUCUAUUUUUGAGUUUUAAUGGUUGAAAUUAGUUUUAUUGUGUUUAUAAAAACCUGUUUUAAAUGCUUUUAAUAAAUUUUUGUUCUGUUUUAGUCAGGCUUUAAAGGUAUGAUCAAAAUUGUCUGGUUGGGCUUACCUCAUGUCAUGGUUAAUAUAAUUUUUGGUCGCUGACACUCUUUUUGAGUUGCUAUGUUUGGAAUUAGCUUUGUAAUGUCUAGAAAAGGCUAUUGAACGUUUUGUUAGCAACUAGUUAUGUUAUAAUAGUCAAGUUUAGAAGUAUGAUUAAGAUUGUCUAGUUGAGUCGACUUGAUGCCAUGGUUAAUAUACUUUUUGUCACUAAUGAUUGGCUCUUGGUUUUCUUGGUGGAAAGAUGUCUUUAUACUGUGAAUCAGAUUCUUGUUUCGUUAUUUACAGCAAUUUACAACUAUCUUUUUGUCAGAUUUUAAAGUUAUGAUCAAUUUUCUUUUACUAACGCGCCUGAUCUCAUGGAUAAUAUAUUUUUUAUGUCUUCUUUGGUUUUCUUUAAAUAACCAAAAAAAUUUUUGAAACUCGUAUUUUACAAUGACAAUUUCAGCCACCUACACCUGCCAAAACGAAUACCGUCAUCCGGCUGACUGCUUCGGCGAAGAGUGUGAUUACAUAGCCAAGUGGAACUACGUCCCAGCCGACAAGUCAGUUCAUUUCGAAGUCUCGGCCAAAGGAAUUGGCCGUUGGACUGGAAUUGGCUUCUCACGCGAUGGUCAAAUGACCAACUCGGACAUUGUGACCGGAUGGGUUCAUAACAAGAAGGCAUACGUCUUGGAUCGAUUUGCUUACGGCCGUCAAAGUCCAGCCAUAGAUCCGGCUGAUAGGCAGGAUCUGUACAAUAUUAGUGGAAGUGCGGUGGAUGAUGUUCAGGUGGGUUUUGAAACAGUUCUUAGAUUUUUUGGGCUUUAGAGGUGUGUUUUUAGGAUUUUGAAUGAUUUGUGACGGUUGAAAUAGAUUGCCAAGAAAAUCAGGAUUUUCGUGGUGGGAUCAAAAACUUCAAAUUUUCUUAAAAAUUGUUGUAUUUAAAAGGCAUAUAAAAUAGUAUUUUUAGUGAAUUGUAAACUUUUAAAAAUUUUGAUGCGGAAUGUUAAAAAAUUAGGGAUUUCGCGGUGGGACCCAAAAAUGUAAUUUUGAAUGAACAUACUUUUUUUAUGGUGUAAAACUUGUUUUAUUAGAGAAGAAAUGAUCCUAAUAUUGUAUAUUGAUUUUUGAAUCAUCUGAAACAGAAUGCCAAAAGUUUCAUGUUUUCGUGGUGGAUCGAUAUUGAAAAAAUUUCGUACACUUAACAAGCACUAUUGUACUGUAUACUUUAAAAACCUCAUUUUAAUAAUUUCAGACAAUUUCCUUCCAAAGAAAACUUGUCACCGCUGAUAAGAAGUCCGACUUCCCAUUGGACAAGUGCUAUUACUUUGUGUUCCCAGUUGGUGGCGGUCGAAUUCUGGCUCAAAACAAUGGUCAAUACGAAAACCCAAAGACUCCAAUCGCUUAUCAUGAUAGGCAAGCACCAGAACGAACGGCUGUACCUGUUUGCAUUUGUCACAACGACAAACCGGUCGGUGAAACACCAGCUCCAGCUCAAGUUCGUUUGCGACGUCAGACGGAUCCAUUUGACGAAAAAUUGACAUCAGGUGAACUGGGACCUUUGUUCACUUCUGCUGAUAAGACUGGAGAGUCAAAGGGUAAGCUAUUUUUAUUUAAAACUGAGUCAAAAACGAAAAAUAUUGUUUUAGGUUAGUGUUUCAGCUUGACAUGCCUUAAAAACAAUAUUAUAAUUGCCAUUUCCAGACGACCCAUUCGCCUGCUCCGAUGUAGCUUUGGUCGAAGUCUCUAAAAAUUAUAAGUUGAGAGUGUAUGAUGGAUUCGCUUUAUCUACGUCAAACAUGCAUCCAGAUGAAUCCUUCGGCGGAGCUCAAUCCUUUGUCGAUGUUGCUGUAGUACCAUCGGACGAAAAAGAUCGCGCUAAGGUGGUUAUCAAGAGAAAAGUUAAAUGUAAGUUAUGUCAAAUUGAAGCAAAAAGAAUGGCGCGUUUUUUAAGUUUAAUUUUGGGAGUUAGAAUGCGCCAUUAUUUUCGCAUCAAAGCGUUUUUUGGAAUUUUUUUAAAAAUUGUCGAAUUGCUUUUGAAUUUUUAUCGACCAGUCGAUUUUUGGCGAGGAUAUUAAAGCAAGAUUAGUGUACGUUUGAAGCAAAAAGAAUGGCGCGUUUGUUAAAUAUAUUUUCAAAUUUUAACUUGCGCCAUUUUUUUGCAUCAAAGGGUUUUUUCGGCUUUUUUCUCAAAAUCUUCGGAUUCACUUUGGAUUUUUAUCGACCAGUCGAUUUUUGGCAAGGAUAUUAAAACAAGAUUAGUGUCAGUUUAAAGCAUAAAGAAUGGCGCGUUUUUUAAGUACAAUUUUGAGUUUGGUAAUGCGCCAUUCUUUUCGCAACAACUGAAAGUAAGCAAAAAAAUGGAUGUGAUUUUCCGUUUAAGCUAUGCUUUUGGUGUUCAAUGCCAUUUUUAAUAUGAGAAUGCUUCCAAAAUACAAAAUAAAUUUUUUUAUUUGUAAAAUACGGCAUCCGAACUGUUCUUGCUUACAAUUUUGUAUUUUUUUCAGCCGAAGACAUUAGUGAUUUCACCCUGAACGACGAGCCAGGAACCUUUGUUGUGGCCGCAGGCAAAGGCGGCUCACCAGUUUCGGACGCCAAAUUCGUCGAAACGUUCCCAGUGAACUUCUUGAGUAAGUAACGCGUUUGAUAAGACCUGAGCAGAUUUUUUUGAUUGAUUGGAAUGAUCGUAUUUUACAUUUUUUUCUUACAGUAUUUUGUCAUUUUUGAAUUUUUUUUAUCUUUUGAGGGAUUUUUGUCCUGCAGCCUGCAGAAACGCUGGGCGCAACUAGCAAUAUGAUUUUUUAAACUGAUUUUAUAGAAAUUUUAAAAAUAUAAUUUUCAGAACCAGAACAAACAGUAACAACAGUCAAGCCUACAACAACAACCACUAAAGCUCCAACGACUCCAGAAGCCGUGCAGACUACAGUCGAGCUUAAACCAACAACCGAAGCCGAAACAGAAGCCGUUGAAACAACUGAAGCCACAAAAUUGACUACAAAGAUCAUCACCACAAUCGAAACAACCACAGAAGUUCCAUUCGAAGCUACAGCGUUGCUUGACGUGGAACCUGAAGUCGAGAAGGUUGAGGUAAAGGACAAGAAGACCGAAAAGAAGCCAGAAUCCAGCCAAAACAAGAAGACUACAGCAGCUACAAAGUCUACUGAAGCUACACAAAAGUCCACGGAACAAGCUAGGACCACAGAAGCUGCUACGGAUUCAGUUAAGACCACUGAAUCGGCUACAGAAGCUUCAAAGGUCACGGAAGGAGUGAAGGCAUCGGAAUCGACGAUAGCUACCGAAGCUUCAGAGUCCCCAAUUGAAAUCUCGGAUCUCGAAGUGGUGAACAUCCCCACCAAAGCGCCAGAGGUCCAAGAACGCUGGUUCGGCGAUGCCGGUGACGCGAACUGCGCCUCCAUCUAUUCGUAUCCUGCGAACUGCACCAACAACUGCCAAUUCUCGGCCGAAUGGGCCCUAAACGAACAAAAAACCGCCCUAAAAUUCCAAAUCCACGCCCAUCUGAAACCGGCCGAAUGGACCGCCAUCGGAUUCACGAAAGACGGCGCCAUGGCCGACAUGGAUACGGUUGUGGUGUCGGUUCUGGAAGAUGGUACCAUCAGUGUGUCUGAUCAAUAUAGUCCAGCUUAUGGAAGACCAAGAGUCGAUAAGAAACAGGAUUUGAGGUUAGUUUUAGGGGGCUUGAAGGCUUUAUUAUAUGGAAAAUAGUUAAUUUUGUUUCUAGGGAUAGUUUUGGCAUAAUGCCAUAAAAAUCAGGGUUUUCGUGGUGAGACACAAAAUUUUUAAAAUUAAUAAAUUUAGAGGUUUUUGAGGUUAAACUUGAUAUAAAAUUUUUUUAAAGUUAUGUUGGGCUAUUGCCUAUCCUAUUUUUGAAAAUUCACGUUUUCGUGGUAGGACCCAAAAAUUUUAUCAAAUGAUUAAAAAUUGAUAAAACUGAAAAUUAAUGUAAUUUUAGAAACAUUGACGCUAAAUACACAGACGGUCACCUUUUGGCCACGUUCGUCCGUGACUUGGCCACCAACGACGACGAUGACCAUGACCUCAACGACUGCCAUUACUUUGUGUUCGCUCAAGAAGGCGGAUCCCUAGAAGCCGGCUCCGGCGAAAUCCGCAAACACAAAGACACGCCCGACCGCUCCAAGACCAGAAUCUGCCCCAAGAAGUGCGGAAUCCCAGAAGAAACCACCACCGCCAAGCCUACGCCAGCUCCACCAGCCACAACGGUCAAAGUGGCUACAGCCAAUGCCGGAUUCAACCCAAGACCUGACGUGGAACUCAUGCCAGCCAAGGAAAAAGAAUUUGAUGCCGCGGUGAGAGUGAUGAACAAACCAUAUCAACUGGAAAUGGCACGACUGGACAGUGACACCUCAACAGCAUUGACUAGGGAUCUCAUGAAACAUGUAAGUUAAAAAAAUGAUGGUAGAUUACAGUGGAAUUGGUAUAAAGCAUUAAGUUUGGUUAGAAAGACUAUUCAGAGUAUUUUUGAGAAGGUUUCACGCAAUGCCAAGAAUAUCAGGGUUUUCGUGGUGGGAUCCAAAAAAGUUUGCAAAUUGGUGAAUAUAUACGUUUACUUUAGUUUUUUAACGCUAAAUUCAAAGUAAAAUACGUUCUGUAAAUUUUGGCGUAAUAAAAGGCCAAGAAAAUCAGGGUUUUCGUGGUGGGGCCCAAAACUUAAAUUUUUUUUAAUAUGAUGAAUAAAAAGAAGAAAAAACAUCAAAUUUCAGUUGAAACCAGCGGUCGAAGAGAAAUACAAAUCAUUGGAAGAAUUCAAAAUCACCAACUACGCCUACGCCACCACCAUGUCCAUAGGUAUCACCGAACCGGACGGAAGCGACAAACCUUCCAUUCUGGCCCUGAUCAGAAUGAGAUUCUCUGGCGGAGGCGAUAGUCCAACAGCUCAAGAACUACAAGACUUUUUGAAAGAAGCCGCCGCCAAAGGAGCCAACGAAGAGUUGACUAUCGACCCUCAGGCCAUUCAGGUCAUUCUGGCUGAUAAAAGUAGGUUUUUUGAGGGAAUUUAAAUAUAAAAACAAGAAAAUUAGAUAAGUAGGUAUAGAUAUAGUUGGACUAUGAUGUUAGUGAUCUUAAGGAUCGGUCUUUGAUCAAUUAAUGGCUUUUAACACUUCAGAAACCGACGAAAAGUGGGCUCCAUUGAAGAGCAUCAAGAACGUGGUGAUUGUUGUGGCUGUUAUUUUGGCAACCAUCGUCCUUGUGGCCCUGAUGUGCUGCUGUUUGUGUAUGAGACGCAAAAAGACUCAUGUAAGUUUAAGGAUUUUGAAAAUUUAAAAAUUUUGAAAAUUUUUUUUAAAUUUUAAACUUUUUAAAAAAAAUUUUGAUUUUCCAAUAUUUUUCAAACAUAUCACCUCUUUUCAGCCCGAACCAAUGUCAUUCGGCCCACCAGCUGGUGCCACCUACCAACCGUACGCUGCCAACUACGCUGCCAACCUCGGAGCCGCCUCUACCACAACAUACGAUAGCCAGAAGGGAACGGAAGUGAGCAAAGUCUCAGGCCCACCACCUCAUUCUGGCACUCUAAUCCGUCGUACCGACUCACAACACAGCGAAGUGCCAAAAGGUAUCGGUGAGGCGACGUACCAAGAGUGGUACCAUAAGGUCGCGUCCAAAGAGACCCCAGCUCAUCAUCAAGAAAGCGUUUAUCAAACCCCACCGAAUAGGAUGGCUAUAACUCAAGGACAGUCCCCGGUUUACGUUAGUUAUCCACCAGAUGUACCCUCAGGGUAUUAUACUAUGACUCCCGAUAAUAGAAUGCCUCCACCUUCGUAUUAUCGUCAUUAUUAA